AUUGUUACUUGGUUUGGGUUUCAUUUAUUUUCAAUACUAGUAGCUUUCACAAUUUUUACGGAAUCUGAAAUCAACCUGGGACUCAAAUAGUUUAUCACUUUUACAAAAACCAUAAUUGAACACCUUCAAACGAUGUACUGUUUCUCUGAGAUGUAUUUACAACGCAAACACGAUGUCACAAAAUGAUUGUCUGAUAUAUUUUUGGCACAUAUAAGCUUAGAAGUGUGCUAGAUAAAAAUGUUUAUUAUCAUUUGGACGUCUUACAAUGUAUUCAAACCGAAAACAUGCACAAAUUGCUGUUAUGCGAUUGUUUGCCUAUAAAACAUAGGGUGUUUCCGAAUUUAUGGAGGGUACUGUAAAUAUACAUAAGAGUUAGCGUAUGUACACACACAUGAGACUAUCUCAAAUAUAUGUAUAAGAAUCUGAUAUAAAGAAUACUGGCUUUUGACAGGUUUUUUUGUUUCACAUAUUUAGAAUUUGCCCAGAACAACACCUUUCAUUCACCUACCAGAUGGUGUUCGUCCUCGAUCUACUGCCAUCUGAGAAUCUUCCUUUCAAACUUCCUUCUUAUUAUACAAGAAAUCCUUUCCUGCUCUUUCUUUGGCUCGUGUCACAAGGAAUCGAGGAUUAAGGAUCUAAGAAUGCACAUACGCAGGAGCAAAUCCGCGAGGCGGUGCGCGCGAGGGACGCGUCGGUAAACGCGCGAAGAAAUGAAAUGCGCAAGAGAAACCAUUAGGAAUCCGCCGUUGGCGAAUGUCAUUCACCCUGCGUGCUCGCCGUAAGAAGAAGAAGAAGAAGAAGAAGAAGCAACAGCAGCAGCAUCGGCACGGAAGAAGAGCGAGCUAGCGAAGUGAGUGAAUUCGUGCACGCGAGAUCAUUCCGAAAUAAUUUCCUCGAAUCUUUGCGUUUCGACGGCAGUGUCAGAAGAGUGAAAGGCACUUGGCCAACACGUGUCUCCCGACAGCGCAUCCCCGGAGAAGUCGCAAUAUUUUCGUCCGUAUAUUACGCGCGCAGAUUUCACAGUGUGAAAUCUUUCGUCGUUCUCAUUAACGCCUGAACACACGGCGCUACGUGUUUUCUGCAAAAACUAGUCUUUUGUUAUUGCAAAUGUCACACGUUUGUAUGCAAAAGUAAUCGAACGUAAAUUUAUAUUGAUAUUUUAUUUUUAAUUCGAACAGUUUUGAUCAACUGUUUUCUUUUUGCUGCGGCGUCAUUCUAACCGCGCUAUUGAUAGAGAGAACGAAUUCUAUCGGAAUAAACCGCUGUGAAAGGGCACGUUUGUCGAUGUUCACGAGACGUUCUCGCCAUUCGUCAGAGAAAGAAUUGAUGGAAUUUCCGAUUGAGAAAGAGUCGACAGUUGGAGAUCGAUUGAUCGUUAAUCGCAGCGAGCCGACAGGGAGGAUGAUCGCGCGGAAUCUUUCGACGAGUGUCGAUUAUGCGAGCAACGCGGACGACGCCGACAAGAACCGAUUGAUUUAAUUCCGACGAAUUCGUGGAUUUGUUGAAUCGCUGUUAAGCAAAAAGAAAACUCUUUUUUCGUAGUAUAAUUGAAAACGCAAUUUUCGUCCGUUAAUCAUCACCCUCUAGAAGAAGAGAUCGUAGACUGAUAAAAUACACUGACUGAUAGCAAAAAAAAAUAAAAAAAUUAAACCAGGCUCUAACUUGAAUUUACUGUUCGAUCUGACCCGAAGUUUAACAACGUCUUUCACGAAACACCUAAAUUAUCUUUAAUUAAACUAAUUGCGAACGAGGCCUCGAAACGUUACGACACUCAUGGGAUUUGUUUAAACACAAGCUAUUUCCUUCGAGAAACUACCAAGGCAACUGCCCAAGGAUACCCGAAGCGUUGAUCAAUCAGAAAACCGUCUAAAGAAAAGAAGAAUUGAGUAAGACUCCGUUCGACUUACAGCACGUGGAUUCUCGCUCGCGGUAGUCUUCGCGUGAAAGAAAAAGCGAAUCGUGGACUCGAACAGUGUUCUGGGGUCGCAGAUGGGAGCUGGUUUCCUAGGACUCGGCAGGGUGAUCAACCCCGUACAGAAAUCACAGCAGUCGAACGUGUCACUCCCGAUCGUCUAUAGACGUUGGAAGCGCCUUCUCUCCCUCAAUUCGGCUGCGCAAAUCCGAUCAAGCUGGAAUUGAUGGAGUUGGAGAACAUUGUAGCUAACACUGUGUACCUGAAAGCUAGAGAAGGUGGUGCCGACAGCAACAAGGGAAAGAGCAGGAAAUGGCGGAAGAUACUUCAGUUUCCACACAUUUCCCAGUGCAUCGGCCUAAAAGAUAAACUAGACAUCAAGUACGGAUAUGUCGUGGACCAGCAGCCGAUCGGACGGCUGCUUUUCCGACAGUUCUGUCAAGACAAAAAACCCGCCUACCACUAUUACAAUCUCUUCCUUGAUGCGAUCGAGAAGUACGAAGUUGAACUGGACGAGAAUCGCAUCGAGCACGCGAAGGAACUGUUCGAACAGUACCUGAGGCAAGAAGGCUCGGAAGUGAUCGACAUCUUGAACGACUCUCUUAUUUCUCAGUGCGAGGAACGACUUAGCACUGGCGGCAAAGAGCUGUUUCUCGAGAUCGCGCAGACUGUGAAGAACUUCCUCGCCGGGGAACCGUUCUCAGCGUUUCUUAGUAGUUUCUACUUUUACAGAUAUCUCCAGUGGAAAUGGCUGGAGGCGCAACCGGUGACGUACAAGACUUUUCGGAUGUACCGGGUGCUGGGCAAGGGCGGCUUCGGCGAGGUGUGCGCCUGUCAGGUGCGUGCAACGGGAAAGAUGUACGCGUGUAAGAAACUGGAGAAGAAGCGGAUCAAAAAACGAAAGGGCGAGUCGAUGGUGUUGAUCGAGAAGAACAUUUUGCAGAAGAUCAAUUCCAGAUUUGUGGUUUCGCUCGCGUACGCGUACGAGACGAAGGACGCGCUAUGCCUCGUGCUGACCAUCAUGAACGGCGGCGAUCUCAAGUUUCACAUUUACAAUAUGGGCGUUGAGCCCGGUUUUGACAUAAAUCGCGCCAGAUUCUACGCUGCCGAGGUCGUGUGCGGUCUGGAACAUCUUCAUCUGCAGGGUAUUGUCUACAGAGACUGCAAGCCGGAGAACAUUCUGCUGGACGAUCACGGCCACGUGAGGAUAUCCGAUCUCGGUCUCGCGGUAGAGAUUACGGAGGGCGACAUGGUGCGCGGCAGAGUCGGUACAGUAGGUUACAUGGCGCCGGAGGUGAUUGACAAUGAGAAAUACACAUUUUCGCCGGAUUGGUUCAGCUUCGGCUGUCUGCUGUACGAGAUGAUCGAGGGCCAGGCGCCGUUUCGCGCUCGCAAGGAAAAAGUCAAGCGCGAGGAGGUCGACAGACGAGUCAAGGAGGAUCAGGAAAAGUACUCGUCCAAAUUCACGGAGGACGCGAAGAAUCUGUGCCAGCAACUGUUGAAAAAGAGCCCGAAGAAUAGGCUUGGCUGUAAGUGUAACCGACACGGGGCGAAGGAGGUGAAGCUCCACAAUUUUUUCCAAUGCUUAAACUGGAAGAGGGUCGAAGCCGGUAUAUGGGAACCGCCGUUUGUGCCGGAUCCUCGUGCGGUUUACGCUAAGGACGUUCUGGACAUCGAGCAGUUCUCCACGGUGAAAGGUGUCAAUUUAGAUGCUACGGACGACACCUUUUACAGCAAGUUUAACACCGGCAGUGUGUCCAUUCCAUGGCAAAAUGAGAUGAUAGAGACUGAAUGUUUUAAGGAGCUGAACGUGUUAGGUCCUAAUAAUACGCCUACGCCAGAUUUAUUGAUAAACCAUCCGUCGUCAAACAAUGAGGAUAAGGGCUGCUUCCCCUUUCGGAGAAAGAGAAAACAAAGCGCUCGCACAAGAGAGGUGCCAUUGUCUGAAGUCCACUUGUUGGAGCUGUCGCAUACACAGAGCUCGGAGUUGCCGUCUAGCUGAUCCAGGAUGAACACGAGUGACAGCCUGAAUCUAUCGGCGUCGUCAUCGUUUCGACGCUGCUGUCGCGGUUGACGACAAACGCGUGUCCAGCUGUUGCUGCUUGUAUGUCUGUCGUGAUGAGAGAGAGCAGACCGAUCCUCCGUAUAUCUUCCUUUCUUUGGCGCCGCAGCCAUUGUCAACUCUUUGUGAGAACGAGACUGCAAAGCUCGCUUAGAUAGAUAACCAAACUCGCGAAAGUCACGAUUCCCGACGCUGGUUUUUUUUUUUUUUUUUUUUUUUCUUCCAAUUCACGAAUUGUGAGAUUCGUGCGACGAGAGAAGACAACAUACUCACGCGUGUAUGCAGAGGUAACACACGUACACGGUCACGCCAGUAUUGUACGCGGCAAAGUGACGGAAACACACGUUCGUUACCAAAUAUAUCUUCCUGAAGCUUCGCGAAACGCGAAGAUGGUCCAGUGUGUAGGUUCGUGCGCGCACAUGUUUUAUCGAGGCUUUGAUAUAAGUCUCAGCAAAAGUUAGGAGAAUUUGUGAGAUCUCACGAGAGUUCAAGUUUGACAGAGGAAGUUUGACAAAAUGAAUGAUUAUACGAUUUAAUAUUAUUUUUUCAAAAAUACGAGAAAAAUUUAAUCUGU